GUACUGCAGCAAAAAGGCCUCCAGUACGUACUUCAUUGCAGUUACAGAUAAGCAGUCGGAUGUUGACCUGUGUCUGCAUGGUUUUGAUGAUGUUUACAUGGAGCCAAUCCCUAAGAAUACCAUAUCUCAGAAGUACCAGAAAAUGAAGUUUGUGCCACUCCCUGAACUGCCAGCAACAAUGCGAGACACAGUCAAUACUCCAGAAUCAACUAUUAGCCUUGAGUCUGUCAGAACUGCCGAGUACAGCCAGUCAUCCACAUGUGACAGUGGCUCCAGUGGCAUGGAUAUUCAGGAUAUCAGCAUCUCUGACCUCAAGAGCACCCUUAGUGUCCCUUUGUGUAGUAAAUCACCUUUCUUAUCUGAAGGUACAGAGACAGAAGGUGGAAAAAGCCCAUUAAUGGAUCCACUGUCCCCAAAUUGGUGCAGAGUGGAACAUGCCUCUAAGGAGAAGCAGAGGAGAGAGCGUAUCAAAGACAGCUGUGACCAGCUUCGAGUUCUCUUGCCUUAUGUGAAGGGAAGGAAAACAGACAUGGCUUCUAUCCUAGAGAUGACAGUAGAUUACCUGAAGAUUGUCAAUGCUGCUUUACCACAAGAUUUCCAGUCACAGGUGAUAGAAAUUAUGAGUAAUGGGAACCCCACAUUGGAAGUACGGCUGGGAGAAGUUGAGAAAGCAAGCACAGUUAAUAAAAAAGUGACCAGGAGAAAGAUUUCUGACCUAGAUUUGUCUCCUUUAGAAAAGAAGCAACAGUUAUUUCAAUGUGAUACUCCAGAAAUAAUGGAAAAUCAUAGAUCUAUACAUUUUAUUUGUAGGCAUGAGAUAGGUGACCAGUUCCUUUCUUUACCAUAUUUUCCUCCUAAAAACAGCAGCAGCAAGCUAAAGAGGCCACACAUGGCAUUAGUUUCAACCACUGGGGAAGUGAAUUCACCAUCUGUAAUUUAUUUGCCAACUGGGAAUAUCACACCCAUCAAGGAGACUAAGAAAGAAAGCAUCCUGGGAGAAGUAACAAACCAAAGCCACCAUUUCACAGACAACCAGUUCUCACACUUGUUCACAGAGGCAGACAUCCCUGGCAACCACAUGUUCCCACCUGGCAGCAUUACUAGUGACAUGUUUCCAUACCAAAGUCACACACAGAUGAACAUGAACACACAGUUGGCACGAGUUAGCGCUUCUGACCGCGGUGACUUGACUGCCUAUGGGGGGAUUUAUUUUGAUGGUGCCUUCUGCCACUACUACCCACAACUGCAAGAUUCUAGCAGCAGCAGCAGCUACUUUGGGCCAGGUGGUACUAACGAGUAUGUGAAUCCAAAUGCAGUCUUGCCUAUGACAUCUUAUGUGCCCAGACCUGCAGCUUUCACCUCGGCACGUAAAUAUGAACGUACAUCUGCAGAAUUUGAGCGAUAUGGCACGGUCGACCCAAAAUCUGAUAUUUAUAAUAAUAAUAAUUGUAAUGUUACAGGGUUAAAGCCCAGCAACAAUACCUGA